AUGAUUGGAUAUGGAUUAGCAAAGGCAGCUGUCCAUCACUUGGCCUCAAGUUUGGCUGAGCCGGAGAGUGGGAUGCCACCCGAUAGUUGUGUCAUCACUCUACUAUUUGGCAUAUUAGACACUCCAGCGAAUCGCAAGUGGAUGUCGAAAGAAGACUCUUCUACAUGGACGCCCUUAGACUUCAUCAACAGGUGA